AUGGAUAUAUUUGCAUCAACAGCAUCAGUACUUGCACUGUUAGCGAUCGGAAUAGAUCGAUACACGGCUAUUACAAAACCAAUUGAAUAUUCUAAUUCAUUUAUAUCAAAAAAAUGGUAUUAUAUAUCGUCAUUUAUAUGGAUAUUUUCAGCAAUCUUAUCGUUUCCAGUAGUUUUUUAUCUUCGAACAGAACAAACAUUGUCUCAACGAUCAUCGAUGUCAAAUGAAACAAUAUCGGCACAAUUGUUACCAUCUAAUGAAUGCAACUUUCCGAAUAACCCCCAUUAUGUAUUAUUUACAUGUAUUAUAUCAUUUUAUCUCCCAUUAAUUGCUAUGAUUUAUGUUUAUAUUCGAAUGUAUUCGAUAGCUCAAAAACAAGCACAAGCGCUGCGCUCUGGUUACAAGCAUCAUUAUCAAAUAAAAUCCCCAAAGCCAUUCAUCUCAGGAUUUCGUUCUGAGAAAAGAUCAAGAAUAGAGACAACAGUAGAAACCAAUGAUAAUGCCGCACAUAAAACAUUACCUAUGUUAUCAAAAAAUCGUAGACCGUCAUAUGAAUUAAUAACACUUCGUAUUCAUCGUGGUACAUGUCAAAACUCAAAUAUAGAACCGUUCAACCAGAAUAACGGAAAUGAAUCGAAAUCAUUUAAUAAGAAUUCAAAAGAAUGUGCACGAAAAAACAAAAUUAGGAAAAAAAAUUCGAACGAUCAAAAGGCAGCUAAAUUCGUUGGUAUUGUUAUGGGUACAUUUAUUGUUUGUUGGUUACCAUUUUUUGUUUAUCUUGCAUUAAGUGGUGUAUUUGAUAUACGUUUAAAAGACGAUCAAAAUCAUAAAUUAUUAUUCAGCAUAUUUUCAUGGUUAGGAUAUGCAAAUUCAGCUUUGGACGUUGUUGUUUACCUUUCGACAUCGAGAGAAUUAAGAGCUAUAUUUUUUAAAUUAUUUUUUAAAUCAUGUCUUUGA